AUGAAUAUAAAGAUGAGUGACAACUCAAGAUUUCAAGAAUUGAGUUUGUCUCAAGGAAGCUCAUAAAAUCAAAUGGAAUUCGAUUCAGACAAUUAAAACCUCAAAAAAGUGCUUGAUAUACUAGAUAAUUAGCCUGCACAGCAAAUACAAAUACGCAAUCAAAGUAUUGAGAGGAAAAUGGCGGCCUUCAAAGUCAUAUAAUCGGAGGGUUUGUGCAAUGAGAUCGAGUCACAUUAAUAAAGUUAUCCGUUCUCUCGAAAUCAAGGAUUUUCAAGAUAAAAUCUGCAAAGAAAUGAGAACACAGACUUUGAUAAUGUUGCUCAUUCAAAGUUUUAUACUUAAGAUCAUCAUUAAUCUUUUGAUAUUCAUGACAAAGAAAGCGCAUUUGAUAAAUCUCAAAGCUUUUGCCAAUAAAUUUCCUAAGCUUCAGGCAAAUUAUAAAUAGGUCAAAAUUCUAUUAAUUCAGGGGCUAUGUAACCACAAUAUAUGUACAAUUCACAUUUGGCUUCACUAAGAUCAUUACAUGAUCACUCUACACUACCCAGCAAAGAUGCAUUGAAUGAGGAAAUGGCGCCUAAUUUUAUUUCUAAUAAACAUUAUAAAGACUCUCUAACUCCUAGACUCUAGCAUUAGCACUAAAGUUACCCUAAUUCUCUUUAAUUUAUUCAUCCACAAGUAUUACAAAAUGAAUAAGCUACUAGAGUAAUGAUUAAUGCUAAUUUUGGGAGAGAAGUAGAGUACAUAACUCCAAUUAAAAUUUAGACUUCAACCCUAUAAUAUGGGAAAAAUCAGGCCUUGACUGAAGUAAAAUAAAUGAAUUCUGCAAAAAAAUCUACCAUUUAGAAUUUGGAAAAUAUUAGAAAGCAAUUUCUUCCUGUCCAUGUAAUCACAGAUAAAUCAAGUAAAGCAAAGAUAUUGGAUUAUCAAAACGGAAAACCAAAGAAGUCAUCAUGCAGCGGCAAACAAGGCACUACCAAGUCCAACAUUAAUCAGCAAUUAUCAUCAUCACAUCAUCUUCAAAAUUUUUCGUCUGACAUCUAGGGCAUAGAGUCAAACAGAAGAAUGAAUAAGAUUAAAAACAAAAAAAGAAAUGCCAAUAAAACAGAACCAAGCAUUAUAGAAUAAUCAUAAUUCAUGACUGAGUCACUCUCAUCUGUAAGAUCAACUUUAACUGUCUAGACGUAUUAGAUCUAGCAUCUAAAUUCUUUAGAAGAGCUGAAUAAAAACCUGAAGGAGCAAAAAAGACAAUACAUUUCCCUUUUGGGAAAGCAAGAACAAAAUUAAUAUGAAUCAAUCUAGAUCGAUGCUGAUCCUUGCUAAAAAUAUCAUGAAUCUAAGAUCAUCAUCAAUUAAGAGGAGCAAAAAACUUCAAAAAUUAAUAAAAAAGGCCUUUAAAUUUAGAACUACUAAAUUACGAAUUUAAGCAGAAAUAAAAGCCAAUGGUUCAACGAAAACCCAGCUUAAAAGAUUGUUACCUUUCAGGAGCAUUAAUCAGAAGGCACUCUUACAAAGUCAAAGACUCAAGUAUUUUAACAGCCAUUUUUUUCUGUAUAAGAAAAAAGCGCCACUUUUAGUUAGCAGCAAAUUCAGACAGAGAAAAGAGUAAAAUGCAAUUGCUAAAAAAAUCAUUGUGCUUAAGCUUACUGUGAUUGCCUGAAGAGUGGCAGUGCUUGUGAUCCUAAAGUAUGUUAGUGCCAAGAGUGUGAGAAUACUGAGCAUAACAAUCAACUGAGAAAUGAGAUAAUAGUGAAGCAACAAAAGUAAGGAGGCUAAAGGGAGGGCUGCAAUUGCAAAAACUCCUAAUGCCUUAAAAAGUACUGUGAAUGUUUUCAAUAAGGUAACGGAUGUGAUCCUAAAAAAUGCAGAUGCCAAGAUUGUAAGAACAUUGACAACAAACUCGUGAAGACAAAUAAGACAACGGGUGUAUCAAGACAUACACAGUGA